GACGGAAGGAGUGUGAGAGGAGGGCCGCAGCAGAACCCGGCUAUGGCAGUCUUCGACACCCCGCAGGAGGCCUUUGGGGUCUUGCGCCCGGUGUGUGUGCAGCUGACCAAAUCCCAGACGGCGGAGAAUGUGCAACUCCUCCAUUCGCGGCUGCAGGCCGUCAGCGAUUCUGCUUUGCAGGAGCUGCAGGAGUACGUCCUCUUUCCGCUGAGGUUCACCCUCAAAAUGCCGGGACCCAAGCGAGAGAGCGUCUUCCAGGGGGUGGUGCAGUGCUUGACCUUCGUGCUCUCCACAACGUGCGUGAAGAAGCCGGACCUGCUGCAGGAGCUUUUCUCUGAACUCUGCGUCUGCCUGGCGUCCCCUUCCGCUCCUCACCAGCUGGCCCCGCUGUCGGAAGAGCUGAAGCAGGCCGUGGUCCAGGCGCUGUUGGCUUUGCUGCACUCGGCUUACGGGGAUGUUCUCUUGACCCUGUACCAGCCCUCUACCCUUCCCCACUUGGGCUUUGCCGUGUCCUUGUUGUUGGCUUUAGCGGAACAGGAGAAAGCCAAGCCGGUGAAGAUCUCCGCCUUAAAAUGCCUGCAGGCGCUCCUGCUGCAGUGCGACUGCCCGGAGGAUCACAGGCCCCUGGAUGGAGAGGAGCUGCGACGAUGCGGAGACCUCUUUGCUUCUUUCCUCCCCGGCGUCUCCAUCACCCUCUCCCGGAUUAUCACUGGGGAUGUGAAGCAAGGUCAUGCGGUUGUCGUCUCGGCCACCAGGCUCUUCUCUCGCGCCCUAAGCGUGGUGAUGGCGGAUGAGCAGCUGGCCCAGGUCCCACCAAAGGGAGAGGAGUCGGCCUUGGGUCCGAGCAACAGAUUGUCGGAGCUCCUGGUCCACAGAGGCUCAGACUGGGCGAAAAGCACCGCGGCCAAACUCUGCAUCCUGAUCAGGAAGGUGGUGGAGAGAGUGUCUGCUCACCCACACUGGAAGGCAAGGAAAGAGCUGGUGGAAAUGUCCUCUCUCCUUAUGGCUACGUGCGGCCGGUCCUUGGUGGGAUCUGUUGGCCAGUUUGUGAAGGCCUUAGUUGGUCUUGUCAAUGACGAGAGCCCCGAAGUCCAGAGUCAGAGCCAGGAGGCGCUCCGGAGCAUCGCGGCACGAGGGGCGGUGGCGGAGAACAGGCGCCUCGCAGACCUCCUUUCGGAGGAGCUCCACUCCCUCACCACCGCUCUUCCUCGCUUAAUGAGCUCCCAGGACGACCAGGGCAAGCUGUCUACCUUAAACCUGCUCCUGGGGUACCUGAAGCUCUUGGGCCCCAAGAUGAACAUCGUCCUUCGCUCCACAUCCCACCUCCAGCGCCUCUCCAAAGCAUUAAUGCAGGUUCUGGAACUGGAUGUGCAAGAUGUCAAGAUUGUGGAGGAGAGGCGCUGGUGGGGCCCAGAGGGCUCGCGGGAGCUGCCUGGAAGUUUGAUCAGGCACCUGCAAGAGGCGAGCAGCCAGAGGAAGAGCUUCCGCUUCUUCACGGAGGAUCGCAUUUUCUUUCUGCUGCAGCAGGUUUGCCGGGUUCUCGGCUACUACGGGGACCUCUAUUUGCUUGUGGACCACUUCAUGGAGCUGUACUGGGAGUCUGUUGUGUACCGGAAACAAGCGGCCAUGGUUGUCAACGAGCUGAUCGCCGGAGCAGCAGGGCUGAACGUGGAGGCCCUCCAUGAACGGGAAAGCGCGUUGGGCAAAGAGGAACUCAAAGGGGUCGUUGCUUCCGUGCUGGAGGAAUACUUGGAUGCAGCCAAUUGGCAUUUGGUCACCAGUAUCCAAGGGGAAGAUCUCGAUGCGGAACCAGCUGUGAAACAUUCCGGUCUUCUGGCUGUCCCACCUGAAGCACGUAGCCCGCUCCCUCCUCCCUUGCAUUCACGACUCUCGGUCCAUUCCAUGAACAGCAGCAUCUGGCAAAUUUGCACCCAGCUAGAAGGAGUUGGCUCUUUUGCUUUUGCACUCCAGAAGGACUUCCAGGGGCUCUUAAUCUCCGUACUUUACCCUGUUCUGGAAAAGGCUGGAGACGGCACGCUGCUGGUCAGCCAGGUGGCGUUGGGGACUUUGAUGGCCAUCUGCCAAGCCUGUGGGUACGACUCUGUCCCUGAUCUCAUCCGGCUAAACGCUGACUACCUGGUGGACGGCAUUUCCUUGCACCUGCGCCAUCUGGCUCACGAACCCCGUGCCUCUCGGGUCCUGGAGGCCAUGCUCCGGCACUCGGACGCCGGUGUGCUGCCUUUGGUGGGGGAUGUGAUACGAGACGUCCUGGCCGCACUCGAUCGGGGUCACAGUGACCGCACCCCAUUGUUCCUUGGGGUUAUGCACACGCUCAUGACAAUGCUAGAUUCCUGGUUUGUGGUUGGGCAUCAGGCAGAGGGGACUUGGGAGCAGAAAGGUGGCCCCUUAACGGGAGAAACUGAACCGCAAGAGAGGAGGCCUGCGGCUGGGCCCACCGUGGAAGAAAUGGAGGCCUUUUUCCUGGAGUACGUCCGGCAGAAGCAGGUUGCAGAGGGCGAGCUGCCAGAUGUUGAAGACGAAGAGCAAGGAGAGCAUCUGCCUGAUUUAGAGUCUGAGUCAAAUGACCAAAGCUCGGAGGUGGAGAACCCAUUGCCAGCCCACGCCCAGAUCGCCAAAGAAGUGAUGGAGCGCUGUGUCCACUUACUCUCGGACAAGAGCCUUCGCGUGCGCCUGAAGGUUCUGGAUGUCUUGGAGCUUUGUGUGACGGUGCUGCAUCAGCAUGAAAACCACCUCCUCCCAUUAGCUCAUCGGACGUGGCCUGCCCUCGUGACUCGCCUGACCAGCGAUGACCCUUUGGCUGUGCUCCGAGCCUUUAGGGCGCUGUGCACAUUAGGAGCCCGGAGUGGUGACUUCUUGCGGCAGCGGUUUUCCAAGGACAUCCUGCCCAAACUGGCGGGCUCCCUCGUCACCCAGGCACCGGUCAGCGCCCGUGCCGGGCCCAUCUACAGCCACACCCUGGCCUUCAAGCUGCAGCUGGCCGUGCUUCAGGGCCUCGGCUCUCUCUGCAGAGCUCUGGAUCUUGGUGAAAAUGACCUCCAUGAUGUGGCCGACGCCUGCCUGCCCUACCUCAGCGUCAAGCAGCCGGUGAAAUUGCAAGGAGCUGCCUGCAGCGUUUUCCUCCACUUGGGGCAGAUGGACCCGGAUGCCGUGUGGCUUUUCCUCAGCGAGGUCUGGUGUCCCCAGACCUACGAGCCCCCGCACCCCAGCCUGUGCCCCGUGAAGCUGAGUGGGAUGGGGAAGAAGCGGAACGAGUUCACAGACAACGUGCAACGCCUGCUGGAUGAACUGCAGUGAAGGGGUCGGGCAGAGGCGCCUGGGGCCUGACGGGCGUCCUUGAGUGAGAAAAGCAGGGAGGUGGGAGGCCUGCCAGGGAGAGCCGCUGGGGCUGUGAGCCGGGAAAGGCGGAAGCCAGGGGUGUGUGCAGCAUGGGAGGGAGCUCGUGCGGGGGUAGCCCCAGCAGUGGGGGCUGCCCGUGCCUCCCCAGGGGUGUGAGGGUUUCUGCCCAGAGGUCAGUGGGACCCCUGCUGGGGAAAAUCACCUCUGCUACUUUGCCCCCUGGCCAGCUGCAUCCCAUCGCAGGGGGCUCAGAGCCCACUCCCCAUUCUGCCAAACAUUGUGGCCGCAGAGUUUUGGAGGACGGAACGACAGGCGGGCCCCUUUGCCUCUGAGCAUCCACAGGCUGGGGCUCUGCAAACCGCCUCUUUAUUUCGGAGACGUCCUGGGGAGAAGGACUAGGAAAAAACGGCCGUGGCUGCUGCUGCUGCAAAAAAGGAAAGACUUCCCGAGUAGCCAUUUUUGAGAGAGCGGUGGUGGCCAACCGUGAGCAAUCUGUUGCCGAGGAGCUGCACUGACCCACGCCGCGUGCCGCCUUCCUGCUUCCUUUCAUUUCUCACGUGGCAGAAUCAGUUCAUCUCAUUGCACCACAGCAUCGUUCCAGCGGUGCUCAUUUUAAAAAUGGAAGCGGGGCAAUGUGGUGCUGUGAGAGAGGUGGCGCUGGGACUUUGCUUGGGAAAUUGCAGAUCGCUCGGCAUCGCCUUUCUCUCUUAAUUGCGAGAGCCAAAGAGGGUAAUACACACCUUGGGUUUCGCAGUAGGUCUUCUUUGGACGGAGGAAGAGAAGCCUGUGGUACCCCGGUCCUGUUCUGCUGCCUUCCUAACUGAAAAGAGCAUGGAUUUGUACUGUAGGUUCAGCUGCAGCUGGGUCAGAAGGGGGGCCAUGCCCUGUGCUGUGGCUUCCCGUCAUGCGUUGUGCUGCACUAAACGUUACAGGGAAGAGAAGGGGGAAAUGCCUCCGGUCUUCCUUCCUUCUGCACUUGAUUUCUAGGCCAUUCAGGCAUCUCUCUGACUUCCCUUUUGGGUGUCUGGUUCUAUUAAUGGUUUUACCAUCAAGGUGAGGCUUGCACACAUCAUGGGUAUUGAUCACGGAGCAAGGUUUAUAGCUCCGCACUGGAAGCUGCCGUCGGCAUCAGACAGGUUUUUGUAGUGUCAUUUGUUAGGGAAUAAAAGAGA